AUGACCUUACGUGCCCUAACCCUCCUCCCGGUGCGGGGGGCGGGGGGGGGGCGCCCGCUCACCUCUGGGCCUGUCCCCUCCCCAGACCAAGUGGCCUGUGCCGACCCCGAGAUCUGCCAGAAGGUCUGCGGCAACCCCUCGGGCUGCUCUGACAUCGCGUACCCCAAACUCGUGCUGGAACUCCUGCCCACAGGGCUCCGAGGGCUCAUGAUUGCUGUGAUGGUGGCCGCGCUCAUGUCCUCCCUCACCUCCAUCUUUAACAGUGCCAGCACCAUCUUCACCAUGGACCUCUGGAACCGCCUGCGGCCUCGGGCGUCUGAGAGGGAGCUCAUGAUUGUGGGCAGGGUGUUUGUGCUGCUUCUGGUGUUGGUCUCCAUCCUCUGGAUCCCCGUGAUCCAGGCCAGCCAGGGCGGCCAGCUCUUCAUCUACAUCCAGUCCAUCAGCUCCUACCUGCAGCCGCCUGUGGCUGUGGUCUUCAUCAUGGGGUGUUUCUGGAAGCGGAGCACCGAGAAGGGCGCCUUCGCGGGUCUGAUCGUGGGCCUCCUCCUGGGCUUGAUCCGGCUGAUCCUGGACUUCAUCUACACGCAGCCGCAGUGCCACCAGCCGGAUGAGCGCCCCGCUGUGGUCAAGGACGUGCACUACCUCUACUUUUCCACGAUCCUGUCUGCGGUCACCCUCGUCACCAUGUCCGCCGUGAGCUGGCUCACAGAGCCUCCCUCCACGGAGCGGGUCAGCCGCCUGACCUGGUUCACUCGCCAUGACCCCGUGGUCCACAAGGCACAGGUGCCAGCAGCCACUCCGCCACCGACCACCCUCCCUGCGAAGGGGCCGGCGGAGGCCAGCAGCCACGACCUGCCGCUGGAGGCCCCCCCGGGGAGCGAGGCCAAGCCGCACAGCCGCGCCGGGAAGCGGGAGCAGUCCCGCGCGGUGAGGGCCCUGCUGUGGCUGUGUGGCAUGGACGACAAGGGCCCGGCAGAGCCCAGGAGCAGCGCGGAGCCCGCCAUCGCGUCCCUGGAAGAGCGCCCCCUGGUGAAGGGCCUUCUGGACAUCAACCUCGUCCUCUGCAUGGGCUGCGGCGUCUUCCUCUGGGGCUACUUUGCUUAGUGCAGACGGAGCAGGCCCAAGACCUCAACUCGUUUCCAAUGCCC